CGCUAACAAGUAGAUUUCAUAUGGAUGCCAUUUUGGUUUAGAUGACUUUACUUUUUUUCAGUUGGGUAAAAUUCAUAAACAAGUUUUAAAAAGAAGGGCUUCUCCGUCAAACAAUCAACCAAACUUUUACUUAAUUCUCUGCGAAACUAAAGCAGCUCAACAGCGUCUUUUUACUGUGCUCAGAGUUUUUCAGACAUCACAAACGGUCGUUAGGUAGCUCUCACUGGUUGUUUUACAAACUUGUGAGUGUGGUAAUGGCUAGCAGUGAGAUGGAAAAACCUAGUAAAGAGAAGGAACUUAAACAGCCUUCUUCUUCUUCUUCUGCUCCUCCUCCUUCACAGGAACCUUCUUCGUCUGUGAGUGCUGGACCAGAUUGGUCUGGUUUUCAGGCAUCUCCUGCUCCUAUGCAGCCUCAUGGUUUUGUGACAUCAAGUCCGCAACCUCACCCUUACAUGUGGGGGGUUCAGCAUAUGAUGCCUCCUUAUGGAACUCCUCCUCAUCCAUACGUUACAAUGUAUCCACCAGGUGGCAUGUACGCCCAUCCUUCAAUGCCUCCGGGUUCUUAUCCAUAUAGCCCUAUGCCUUCUCCAAAUGGAGUGACCGAAGCUUCCGGUAAUACUACAGGCGGCACCGAAGGUGAUUCUAAACGAUCUGAUGUGAAAGAAAAAUUGCCUAUCAGAAGAUCAAAAAGAAUAUUGAGCAUGAUGAAAGGAAAGAACAACGAGCCUGGAAAGAACUCAGGAGCAUCAGCUAAUGUAGCUUACUCUAAAAGUGGGGAGAGUGAUUCUGAUGGUUCGAGUGAAGGAAGUGAUGCAAACUAUCAAAUUGACUUAGGAUCUAGUCAAGACGGGAAGGAUGCAGCAUCAGAGAAUGGUGGUUCUGCUAAUGGUCUCCAAAAUGGAAGUGUUGGUACACCUCUUCCAACGGUUAGCCAGAAGGUGCCAAUAAUGUCAAAGACAGCUCCAGGUGUUCCCGGCCAACCAACAAAUAUAAAUAUUGGGAUGGGUUAUUGGGGUGCUCCUAUCCCUGGAAUGCAUGGGAAAGUAUCUACACCAGUUCCUGGAGUCUUUGCUCAAAUGUCACGAGAUGGUGGCCAUUCACAACCCUGGUUACAGGACGAGAGAGAACUUAAGAGACAGAGACGGAAGCAGACCAAUAGGGAGGCUGCUCAAAGAUCCAGGCUGCGUAAAGAGGCCGAAUUUGAUCAAUUGGCACAAUACACUGAGGUGUUGAGUGCAGAAAACGCAAGUCUUAGAGCAGAAAUGAACAGGCUUAAAAGCCAGCGCGAAGAGCUCACUUCUGAGAAUACCUCUCUCAAGGACCUACUUUUAUCAUUCCCUCCACUAGAAGGUAUAAACAUGGACAAGGAUGACCAAGAACCAGACACCAACCAAACAUGCUUCACAGAGACAAAGUUUGUUUCCUACAAAGACUCAACUUGAGAAAAAACAUACAAGCAAAACCAAUUCUUAACACAUGUAUAAAAAGUAGAAGAAAACAACAACACUAAGCGGUUCUUUGCUAACAGAUGGUUGUAGGAUUUUAGGCGUCAGAGACUAAUAGGUCGGUCCAGUGGUCUUGUUGAUUUAAGGCUCAGACCAAGGCAAUGUACCUUUUCUGUAUCAAAUGCACCCUUUUAAGCUUAUCAUAUAAUUCGAUUUUUUUUCCUUCUC